CCUCCACCUCCCUCCCUGAUAGAAGAGAGAAAGAAGAAGAAGAUUCUAGAAGUCACCAGAGAGAUCACUGAGCUGCUGACAGGAGAGGUUCCUAUAAGGUGUCAGGGUGUCACUGUCUAUUUCUCCAUGGAGGAGUGGGAGUAUUUAGAAGGACACAAGGAUCUCUACAAGGACGUCAUGAUGGACAAUCAGCCGCCCCUCACAUCACCGGAUGGAUCCAGUCAUGGGAACCCACCAGAGAGAUGUCCCCGUCCCCGUCCUCUGUAUUCCCGGGAUUCCACACAGGAAGGUCACACCAUCCCUCACCAUCAUCAGGUAGAUGAGGAACAAUCACUGAUAGUAUCAUUAGGAUCUAUAAAAGAGGAGGAGGAGAGGAUGGGGGGAUGGAGGAGUCAGAGCUUCUAAAAGACACCAUGGUGGAGUCAUCCAGCUACAGGAACCCACCAGAGAGAUGUCCCCGUCCUCUGUAUUCCCGGGAUUCCACACAGGAAGGUCACACCAUCCCUCACCAUCAUCAGAGUGGAAUCCUCGGGGAUGAUAAUAUUGAUGUUAAAGAAGAGUAGUAUAAAGAGGAGGAUGAGGAGUAUGGAGUGAUGGAGGAGUUUUCAGAAGGACACAAGGAUAUGAUGGAGCCACCUAAUACCAGGAACCCACCAGAGAGAUGUCCCCGUCCUCUGUAUUCCCGGGAUUCCACACAGGAAGGUCACACCAUCCCUCACUAUUACAAGAGUGGAGAUCCAAUCGAUAUAGAAUUUGAGGUGAAAGCAGAAGAAGAAGAGGCGUAUGUGAGGGAUGAUCAGCAGUCUAUGGAGGAGGAUGGAAUAACGGGGACAUUUAUAGAGGAGGACACUCCUACAGAGAUCAGCACAGUCCAUGGCCGGGAGAUGAGGAAAACCUCUCGAGGAUUGUCUCACUUUGUCUCCAGACUGGAAAGUAGAAGAUGAGGACAUCACACAGUAUAGUCCAGGAGAAAACCCGGCUCCCUCCAAUGUCCAU